AUGGAUGAUGUCAACUCCACUAGCGAGAGCUCUCAGUCGGAUGUCCCAGUAAAUGGCCAUACAGUCUUUCUCUACGUACUGUAUGGGAUCGCUUUCAUAGUAGGGACCAUCGGUAACUCACUAGUGAUCCUGGCCGUGCUUCUCUCCAAAAAGCUCCGUACGACCACCAACGCCUUCGUGGUGAAUCUGAGCGUCGCAGACCUGCUGACCUGUCUGGUGUUAUCGGUUAAUGUCGCUCUCGGUGCACUUGAUAAACGUGCGCUGAUGGUAUCCGGAAGGCCUUGGGAAUGGGAUGGAUACGGGCUCGGUUUCAUUCUGCUCACGACUCUCGGCUGCAGCAUCAUCACGUUGAUGUGCAUCGCCCUUAACCGCUGGUUGCUGAUCACACGACCACUAACCACCUAUCGAAAUGUCUACACACCGAGGAAGAUCGCCGUGUACCUCGUGUGCGCUUGGGUGAUACCUUUAGUAUUCACCUUUAUUGUUGUUCUUCGGCUGAUGACACGCCACGUGAGCGUCGCAUUUGCAAUUGCUAUGUUUCCGAUCCCUCUGAUCCUCAUCAUCGCCUGCUACGUUCUCAUCUGGAGACGUAUCAACCGCCAGGUGAGGAGCAUGGCCUGCUCCAGUCCCACACCUGAGGAACUCACAACCCACAUCCCUACGAAGACCCAACUCGAUGACAACCCGGGCCCCAGUGACAGCACCCAACCCCGAAGCCAGCCCGCAUUGACGACCGGCAACGACCAACUGAGUCGCCAUCAGGUCCAAAUAACCAAGAACAUGUGCUACGUCGUCUGUGCCUUUGUGCUGUGUGUGGGUCCAUACGCCGUAUUCCUUUGCCUGCAAUUAAUAAACUUAAAGUUGAAAAUUGGCACUGAGUAUGCGUUUACAGUCCUACUGUGCAACAGUUGCAUCAACCCUUUGAUCUACGCCACCAAGCACCGUGACUUCAAGACCGUCUUCCGCUGCAUCGUACGUCGCCAGUGGGACGACAUCCCAGAACCCUCGGAUGUCUUGAAGGCUUUGAGAAGGAGCAAAUGCUGCGGUCGGAGCAAUAAUGCGUGA